AACAGUGGCAGAGUACUUGCCAAAGUUUUCUAUUGUCCCUUCUUGCAUUUCCCUCCGCUGAAGAGACAUGGCAGAGAAAGGAGCGGGGAGUGAGGUGCAGCAGGACAAGACAGGAAAAGGCAAGCAGGCAGAGAACAAAGGCCCCUGUAUGACAUGCCAUCACCAUGCACCCAAGGGACACGGCACAAUGGCCGUCCCUCCUGCAUACUCAGACUUGGGGAAAUCUGCCAAAGACAUCUUCAACAAGGGCUUUGGAUAUGGCGUUCUGAAGCUGGACGUUAAGACCAAGUCCCAGAGUGGUGUUGAGUUUGCCACCUCCGGCUCCAACAACACUGACACAGGGAAGUCAGGAGGCCACCUGGAGACCAAGUACAAAGUGAAUGAGUUGGGCCUCAACUUCAACCAGAAAUGGAACACAGACAAUACUCUCACCACAGAAAUCACCAUGGAGGACCAGCUGGCUAAGGGCCUGAAGCUCGGUCUGGACACGUCAUUUGUGCCAAACACUGGAAAGAAGAGUGCCAAACUGAAGUCCGCCUACAAACGUGACUUUGUAAAUGUUGGCUGCGACCUGGACUUCGACAUGGCCGGUCCCACUGUCCAUGCAGCUGCUGUGCUGGGCUUCGAGGGCUGGCUGGCAGGCUACCAGUUGGCUUUUGACACGGCCAAAUCUAAACUGUCCCAGAACAACUUCGCCCUCGGAUACAAGGCCGGUGACUUCCAGCUUCACACCAACGUUAAUGACGGCACAGAGUUUGGUGGCUCCAUUUACCAAAAGGUCGACAGCAACUUGGAGACGGCGGUGCACCUGGCCUGGACAGCUGGCAGCAACAACACACGCUUUGGAAUUGGAGCCAAAUACCAGCUGGAUAAGGACGCCUCUCUGUCUACCAAAGUUAACAACGCCUGCCUCGUUGGAGUUGGAUACACACAAACCCUCAGGCCAGGAGUGAAACUCACCCUCUCAGCUCUGAUUGACGGGAAGAACAUGAACGGCGGUGGACACAAAGUCGGCAUGGGCUUUGAGCUGGAGGCGUAAAGACAGACAAGAAGAUAGGAAAGCAACACGGGAGAAAAAUAAAGAGCCCCAAUGUGAAAACACAGGAAAGGUCCACUCAGCGACAUGUAAACACAUCUUCCCUCUGAGUCCUACACACACACGUACACAAACAGAUACACACAUCCGUUGGCCUUAUCCUUGAAACCCUGAGCAGCCUCAAAACCUCCAGUACUGUAGUUUUAAAAGAAUCAAGCAUUAUUUUGAGUUAAGAUUUUACAUUAUUUUCAACUCCCACAACCAACCUUCAAGCUUAUAUUAUCCGAAUACACCAAAAGAACAGACUUUUCAGCAGGCAAUUCAUGCAAAACCCCCUUUCUCUAAACAAUGUGCUGCUUAUGACCAGACAAAGUGCACUUUUAUUAGAGCAUUUGUGUCCAAAACAUAUCUGUUUUUCCUUUUUGAAAUAAGUUAUGAAGCACCUUCUUAUUUUGACUGUGCGGUCAGCUUGUUUUUGUUCAGAUGUACUCUUGGUUUUAGACAUUAAUAAGAUUAUUAGAGGAUGCUUGUUUUGGUAUAUUGUGGUUUUGUUGCAUGCUUUCAAGGCUAGAGGGAAGUUUUUGACUUGUCAUUGUCACAUUGACAAGUACAGGGACUGUAAACAGAUGCAAUAAAAGCUGAAGAGAAUUAAGCAGAAAAGACAAAGAGCGGCUGAACCUUUCUCAGAGUGAGUGCACCGACUUUAUUCCACCGUUUGACCUCAGUAACGCAGUUUUUAACUGUGAACCUUCAGUUGCCUAAACGUCUAUUUUUCAGGUCCUGUUUAGUCAAAGGGCCGACGGCAAUUUGAGACUCUGUGUCACCUCUUUGUCUUGUAUUGUUUUGUGUCCUGUACCUGUUCAACCUUUACCACUACAUUUCACUUUAUCUGUGCUGUGCUUUGUAUAGGAGUUAGUCAACAGUUAGGACCUCGAACUGAUUUUAUUGAAUUAAUGGAAUAAAGAAUGUUAAGCUCUA